CUCUACAUCGUUUGAACCCGUUUCCAUAUUUCAACCGCUCGCAUGCCGUGGCCGCUCCUGGUUUUACCCAAUCGCCCAGCCACUUUGCCUUUUUUAUCAGAUGAUCGAUAACGUGGCAAACAUUUCCGAAGCAUUUCCGACGCUCCGCCGAGGUAACCCGAAUGUGAAAGGAGUGACUCCGCCAAAAUGACCAGCUCGGUGCGCUGGAUCGCACAAACCAAGCACGCCUUGCCUGUACUGCGGUCGCGUGAACUGUCCGCAGAGAACAGGUUGACUGUUGCCUGACAUGGCUGUUUCCUGAGAUGAACCUUGUGGUUCUCUUGUCCCCUUCUUCUUUCCUCUGCCCCUCUUCUUCUGGCCAACACAUACCGAUAUCACUAUUCCGGCAGGUGUAUAUUUGCUUUCGGGCGAGUACUAUUUGCUUGACUUACAUUCUCGUUCCUUUCGAGAGCCUCUUAAGCUUCAUGAGUGCCUAGAAUGGCAGAUAAGAAAACGGCUACAUGCAUCUCGGAUGAGAUCAAUGUGGCGACGAGAACUUCACACAACGUCCUUAACCACAUCAUAACCACACACCUUCCUCUAGCCCUCCCACCCUACGCCGCAGACCCCACCCUCUAUGCAACAGGCAUCAGCCACGUCUCCCACAUCUUCCUCACCUUCGAAUCGCUAUGGGCAGACUUGGAGAAGCCUGGCGUCCUAUCCAAGACCUCGCCACCUUCUCCGGAAAUGUUGGGUUUCCUCACAAGUCUACGACCACCCGGUAUGGCACGAGCCGGAAGGAUAAAGCGCGAUUUGGGAUUUCUGACCGGGAAGACUGAGGCCGAGCGUGAUGCCACGUUGAACGUCCACCCCGAGAACAACAUCGCGACGUAUUGCGCACACAUUCGGGAGACAGUACGAGAGAAGCCCCAUUGCCUCAUUUCGUACGCUUGGUGCUACUACAUGGCCGUUUUUGCCGGCGGGCGCUGGAUUCGCUCGCAGCUCGUGAACGCGGGGGAAGACUUCUGGCGCAACCCCAGUCAGGGACGCUCCAAGAACGGCAUCAUCGGUGACGAGAAGGAAGACGACGGCCUCCCGCUUGAAGAGCGGGGUCUCGCGUUAUGGAAUUUCGACGGGGUAGAAGAUGGCGAGGACAUCAAAGCGGAUUUUAAGCGGCGGUUAGCGCUUGGAGAGGUGUUGUUCACGGAGCAGCAGAGAAGGGAUAUUGUCCAGGAGGCGAAGGAGGUCUUCCUUUGGGUUGAGAGGGUCGUGGAGGAUAUUGAUAAGGAGGUGGGGACGAAUAUGGAGAUGCUGGAUAGGCAGGCGAGGAAGAUGAAGGGUGGGGGUCGUCCUGGGCAAGGGCAUGGGGCUGUUGCGGCUGAGAAGCAGCAGCAUCAUCAGAAUUCGGCGUGGUGGAUGAGGAGGCCGGAUCUCCUGGUCGCGUUGGCUUGCAUGCUUUGCGUGGCGUUGGUGAAGCUUUUGUCGAGGUUUGGGAGUGAGGGAGACGUUGUUAUUGCAUGAUCGGGGUGUUGGUUCGACCAUAAGGGUUUGGGACAGCACAUGUGGAUGGUACAUGAGAUACCCUGUAGACAUAAAUGCAUCAUAGCUUGUUUUGCUAUUACUAUAACAAGUAUACGAAGUUUCUGCG